UCUACCCCACCUCCCAAAGGGUGCCUGCCUGAGGGGGUUGGUCCUCCAGUACCGGGGGCAGAGCAGGACUGGAUGAGGGGACCACAUCCUGCCACGGGUGCCUGUGCCCAGCCCGCCCCUCACAGAUGUCCCAGGCACCCCCCCAGCUCCAGCCCAGCUGAUUUACGGGAAGCCUCGGCAGCCGCCUGCCGCCCUCCUUAAUCUUUAACCAGCCAGGGUUAGAUCUGGCCAGAUCCCCCCUGCGCCCGGCUGGACACGCAGGGACCCGACCUGCCAGGCACCCAGGAUGGCCACCAUGACGCUCUGGCUGCCCCUGGUGUGGUGGCUGGUGGCCACAGCCACGGCCACUGUCACCCAGGUGCCAUCCCCGGAGGCCCCUCCCAGCUGGCUGAAGCUGCUCAGACAGUUCCUGUCGCUGCUGGUGCCCCCCUGUCCCAACGCAGGCCCACCGGGAGAUGUGGGGGCACCCAUUCUGCCAGGGCCCCCCCCCGCUACCCACCUGCAGGAGCUGCCUGGCCUGGAUGCCCCCCUCAAGGCCGCAGACGCCCCCAGCCCCAAGGUGCCUGAAGGAGCCCCCGAGGAGCUGGGCACCGUGGCUCAUGGCAGCACGGCAGCACCCACACCCAGCAGCACCCAGGAGCCCCCUGGCACCAGCGCCCCGCUGUGCCCUGGGGAUGAGGAGCCUGCCGAGGUCUGUGGGACACCCACGGCGGAGCAGCGCACCGCCGUGGCCGAGGCGCUGGGCACCUUUGCCCUCCGCUUCUACCAGCGCAUGGCAGAGGCCGUCCAGCCCGAUGCCAACCUGCUCUUCUCUCCCCUCAACAUCGCCAUGGGGCUCUCCCAUCUCCUGCUGGGUGCCCGUGGUGAGACCCGUGAGCGCCUAGGUGCCAUCCUGGUGUACCCACCGGAGCUGGGCUGCGUGCACAGUGCCCUGCAGCAGCUCGCCAGCGUGCCUGGCCUCUUCUCUGCUGCACAGAUCUUCCACCACCCAGGGCUGCACCUCCGGCCCCGCUUCCUCAACGAGUCAUGGCACAUCUAUGGCACCCGCCCGUGGGAGCUGAGUGGCAACGAGAGCCUGGACCUGCUGCGCAUCAACACGUGGGUGCGCGAGGCCAGCCGGGGGCUGCUGCCCAGCCUCCUGCCCACGUUGCCCCCCCAGUCCCGCCUGCUGCUGCUCAGUGCCAUCCACCUCCAGGCCACCUGGCGCACGCCACUGAAGGCCAAGCAGACGGUGCCACUGCCCUUCCUGCGCCCGGGGCGCCCCCCUCGUCUGGUGCCCACCAUGACCAGCAAGAAGUACCCGGUGGCCUCCUUCAUCGACCCCCACCUGCAGGUCCAGGUGGGGCGGAUGGAGCUGAGCGGGGGGAUGAGCCUGGUGGUGCUGGUGCCACAGGGCGCCCCGGGAGCACUGGGGACCCUGGAGCAAGCGCUGGAUCCCCCUGCCUUCCGGGAGCUGCUGCGGCGGGCAGCCCGCACACCCCCCCGGGCCACUGCCCUGGCCCUGCCCCGCCUGCGCCUCGACCGCGCCCUGGACGUGGUGGCCGUGGUCCACGACAUGGACUACGGGCUGUUCCUGGAUGCGGAGCUGUGUGGGCUGGCACAGGGCCCGGCGGUGAUGGUGGACGCUGUUCGGCACCGCGCAGUGCUGGCGCUGGACGAGGCCGGUGUGGAGGCGGCGAGCGCCAUGGCUACCUCAGUGGCCCGCACAGCUCUGGUGCUGGAGGCCCUGCGCCCCUUCCUCUUCGUCCUCUGGCACGAUGCCAGUGCCAUCCCCCUCUUCAUGGGCCGCCUCAGCGACCCCCAGCCCUGACCCUGCCUGCCUGCUGCCCUCCCUCCUCUCACUGCCCUCCCUCCUGCUUCCUCUGCUCCCUCCUUCCCUCCCCCCCUUCCCUUGUCCUUCCUUCCAUCCCUCCAUCUCUCUCUCCAUCCCUCCUUUUCCUUCCCUCCCUUCCCUCUCCCUGCUUCCUCUCCUCCGUCCCCCCCUUCCAUCUUACCCCCCUUUUCAGCCACCUCCAGCCCCCCACCCUUCCCUCUUUUCCAUCCCUCCUUCCCAUCCCUCCCUCCAGUUCUCCCUCUCUCCCCAUCUCCCCACCCCUCCCUUCCCCACCUCUCCCCCUUGCCCCCUCAACCCCCUAUCCCGGGCAAUGUGGAGUGUCAUGUUCCCCCCCUUCCCCCCCGUGUCUCAGUUUGCCCACCAGCUGGGGCCUGAGCCCCCAGUAAACGCACUGACCCAC